CGCGGUGCGCGGAGCCGCGCGCAUCCCCCCCCCUCCCCCCCGGGAGAGCCGGCGGGGGAGGGGCGGCGGCGGCGGCGGCUCCCUCAGCAGCCGCCAUCGCUACCGGCUCCGGGACGGGACGGGCCUGCGCCACGGCCGGGCACGAUUCCUGCUGGAAACCCUGGAACAUAAAGAGUUGCUUUUGGCAGACAAUGCUAAGAGACACUAUGAAGUCCUGGAGCGACGGCCAGUCAGACCUUUACAGCAGUGAUCAGGAAGAGGAAGAAGAGAUGAUCUUUGGUGAAAAUGAAGAUGAUUUGGAAGAGAUGAUGGAUUUAAGUGACUUGCCUACCUCAUUGUUUGCCUGCAGCGUACAUGAAGCUGUGUUUGAGGCACAAGGGGAGAAGGAAAGAUUUGAAGCACUUUUCACAGUCUAUGACAACCAAGUUACAUUCCAGUUGUUUAAAAGCUUCAGACGAGUAAGAAUAAACUUCAGCAAUCCAGAGGCAGCAGCAAGAGCGCGGAUAGAACUACAUGAGACUGACUUCAAUGGAAAAAAGCUGAAGCUUUAUUUUGCACAGGUCCAGAUGUCCAGUGAAGUGGGAGACAAAUCCUAUCUCCUUCCACCACAACCUGUCAAACAGUUCCUGAUAUCACCACCUGCAUCUCCACCGGUUGGAUGGAAACAGAGUGAGGAUGCCACUCCUCUUAUAAACUAUGACUUGCUUUGUGCUGUUUCCAAAUUGGGGCCAGGGGAGAAAUAUGAACUUCAUGCAGGAACAGAGUCUACUCCUAGUGUAGUUGUCCAUGUUUGUGAAAGUGAAACAGAAGAUGAUGAUGACAUGAAAAAUCCCAAACAGAAAAUCGCGCAGACAAGGCGCCCAGAACCACCUCAGACAAUACUAAAUGAACCUAAAACAUUUGAUUGUACACCAGAGGUAGGGGGUAUCAUGCACCGUUAAGAUCUUGUGGUGAUAUAAGCAGUGUCUGUAAUGAGAUGCUAAAUUAAGAUGUGUAUUGAUGUCUGCAUUGCUGCAUUAUAUAUGGCAGUGGCAGAUUUUACUUGUAGGUAGUUCUCUCUCAUGUUAAAGAUUUUGGAUGCCAAUAUUUCAAACAGCACUUUAAUUUUAAGGACUAACUCCCCCAAAUGUAGCAAAAUCCAGUGAAUUUAAAAUAGUGACAAAAUAGGAGGUUUUUCAUGAUAUUGUGUAGCAUGGUGCACUAAAUGCUAAAACAAUAUCUUAAAGUAACCAUCUGUAUAUUAUUUUCAAAAUAGUUUGUUGUAUAGUAAUCAAACGUGGCUAUCUUUUGUAUGGGGUGCACUGAUAGAGAUUUUUGGGGCCGAUACCGAUAGCCGAUUUUUAUGGAGGCAUAUCGGCCAAUACCAAUCUGAUUUCCAAUAUGCAGCCCAGCAGCUUGAAGAGCUGUGUGUGGCUGGUACGUCUGUUGUGAUGGAAGGAGCGUGGGUGGGGGGUAGAUCAAGGACCCUGCAGUGAGGGAGGAGUGGGACGGGCUGGGAUACGUGCUGCCCAGCCGGGGCAGGGUGCAGGACGGAGCCACAGCUUGUCUGAGGGGGAGGAGUGUCUCCUUCCACUGCGUGCACCCCAGGAAGGCACAGGAGGCGCAUGCCCCUGAAUCGGGGUGGGGCGGGCUGCAGCUGCAGGCUGGAACUGGGGCAGCGCCAGCACCAGGCUCUUCCCAGCGGGGGCUGGGCCAGGCUGCACUUAGGGUGUGCAGCAGCAGCACUGGGAGGGGGAUAAUGGGGGGGGGGCUCUAGCCACCCUAAAAUUCGUUGUAGCCCCCCUCCCAGCACCACCACCUACCCCGAGUCCAGCCCCAGCCUGGAGCUGCAGCCCACCCCACCCUGCACAGAUCUGGGGGCACAUGCACCCCCCUAUGCCCCUGUGCACUCCCAGGGUGCACGCAGCAGCAGGAGCUUUCUCCCGCUCCAUGGCCCCUGGAUGGGCUGCGGCUCUCUCUUGCACCCCACCCUGCCCUGGCUGUGCAGCACCUGUCCCAGCCCCACUCCCUCCCUCACUGUGAGGGCCUUGAAUUGCCCCCCAUGCCCCUUCUCUCCCCCCUCCCCUUCCACUACAAUAGACAUACCAGCUGCACAUAACUCUUCAAGCUGCUGGACUGUGCUCUUCGCUGCCUACAUGCUGUGUUGCAGCUGCCUGCAUGCACGGGCAUUUAUUCGCCAAAUUAUCGGUCACAUCAGGCCGAUUUCCGAUGCAUUCAAUUUUCUUUAUAUCAGUGCCGAUCCGAUAUCGGACCAAUGUAUCGGUGCACCUCUACUUUUGUACUAGUACAACAGCUUCAACUAAUAUAUUGAGUAUAUAUAAGUGUAAUAUACAGUGUAUGCUGAAAUUCCUUUACAGGUAGUAGUCUGUUUUGGGAUGAAUGAGAGCAGACUGAUCCAUUUGUGAACCUGUUCCAUUUAUCUUUCUCAGAAAUGCCAAAUAUUUCUUAUUUAAAGGUACCUGUAUGAUUUGACACAAGGGGCACAUACCUGUGCAGAAUUAUAUGCAUUUAUGGUUCUGCUAGUUACUCCUAGAAAAACAAGAGGCAGAUGGGAACCACCGACCACUUAGGAGGUAGACUCCUGACAGCUUCUGCCUCCAAAGCUGCUGCUGCUGCUGUAGUAUGAUGUUACACUGAUUAGGAUUGUUUGCACUGACAGUUAAUUAAAACAGAAAAAAAUUGGAGUAGGUAGGGUGAAACGUGGUUUCGCGUAUUGAAUGUUUAAUCUCCAGUCUUUAAAAAUGUUAUAAUAUUCCCCCCCUAUUCUGGAGACUCUCUAAUCUAAUGAUCUCUGCAUUUACAUAUAGUGUACGGUUAAAUGGUGUUUGGGAAUAUGAGGUCCAAGGUGAGUUUUUACUUGAGGUUUUAAAGCUUGCUUCCUUUAUAUAUUUCUUUUAAAGACAGUCAGUUGCCAGGGUGGCUUAGCCAGUCCCCACCCUGUUUUUAUGCAGUUUAACCCAAAUUUACGUUUUUUAUUAAAACCAUGGUAUUUUUCAUGGCAUCCUGUAUGUAUGAUAACUCAUCUGUGACUUUGGAGAUAGGAUGCAUCUUUUAAAAUGGACACCUGUGGUUUAGUGAAUUUGUGUUAAGUAUUUCAUUAGGAGGAAAUAUGCCUCAGUAUAGUGGCACAUGCUCCUAUAGUUUAUGCUCUUUUAUAAACUACCUUUUUUAGUCUACACAGAUUCAUCUUUUUUGUAUUAAAAAAAGCUAAAUUGUUUGUGAACAAACUAAGCUACCUGGGUACCUAUUUGAUUUCUGUACAUAAAUCACUCUGAAAUUGGCCUUUCCCUGAUCAUUUAAUAUGUUUCUUUUUUUAACUCUGUAUAAAGUGCUUAUUGAACUCUGCAAAGUAUUUUGACUUGAUUGUCAGUGAAAAAAAAUUAAUGGUGAUGAAUUGGUGUUGGCGCAGUAGAUAAAAGCUUGGUAUUGUGCCAGCUAUUGAUCUUUUCUUGCCAUCAGCUUCAGGUUGCAAAAUGGGAUCCUGCAGGCAGGUCCUCAUUCUGGAGGCAGGAAUCACAGAUAUUAAAAAAGAAAAAAAAAAAGGAAAAAAAUCUUUCUUCUUGUGUCUUACCUGCAUAGGCAUACGUUUAUGUGACUAGCUGAUGAGCCAUUCAGAGUCUGACUUUUCUUUUCCACAGUGCCCUGUCCAGCCAUACAGUUUCAGUGUCAUCAGUUCAAUUUUUGUGCACUUUAAAAUGCCAGGAAUUCAUUGUGGACUUUGUCGUGUUACAUUUUUGUUCGUUGUUCAAUUUCUUCCCCAUUGUAAACAUUGAUAUAAGUAGGAUAAAGUGGAAAACCUUCAAAAAUGCAGUUUUAUAAAACAGACUAAUUCAGUCAUGUUGUUGUGAAUGUAUCUUGUAUAAAACGUAUGACAGUUUGUGUUUCAACAUAAAAGAUUCAUUGUGUAAAAAGUCAUAAAAUAAAAAUAAAGCCGUGCCAUUCA